GUCAGUAGCAACUGCGGAGCGCGUAGAAAUGUACGCGUGACGCGACGGUCGCUUGUUAUGGUUGGCCGUCCCGUCGCGAGUGAUCUCGUCGGUGAUAGUGCGCCGCGCCGUCGUCGCGUCUUCGUCGCAGAAACGAUCGUAGGAGCGACCGGUUCCCGCGGAUUUCUCGCGCUGCCCGUUACCUUCCUCACCUCCCUACUGUUGCCGUCGGUGCCUACGGCUCGGUGACACGGCGUCGUUCACGACGCGCGCGACCCGAGGAAACAUGCUGUUCUACAAGGAUAGACUGCUGUCGCCCGGCCAGCUUAAGCGGCUCAGCGAGCACAAGUACAGCUGCACGAGCAACAGCCUCCUCGACGGCCUCCUGCAGCCAUGGUGGGACUGGCUGGUCAGCAAGGUUCCGCUCUGGCUAGCACCCAAUCUCAUCACCGUGCUCGGCCUGAUCGUCAACAUCGUCACCACCCUGAUUCUUGUCUACUAUAGUCCGGACGCGAGAAUCGAGCCACCUAGAUGGGCUUGUUUUUUAUGUGCACUUGGUCUGUUUAUAUAUCAGAGUUUAGAUGCUAUCGAUGGCAAGCAAGCCAGGAGAACCGGCACAUCUACACCACUGGGAGAAUUGUUUGAUCAUGGGUGUGAUUCAAUAUCAACAGUGUUUGUUGCUUUAUCGGCAUGUAUAGCUGUACAAUUAGGAUACUAUCCAACGUGGAUGUUUUUCCAGUGUUUCUGCGCAAUGACGCUUUUUUACUGUGCUCAUUGGCAGACCUAUGUUUCAGGUUCCUUGAGAUUUGGUAAAGUGGAUGUAACGGAAGCACAGUUUACAAUCAUAGCUAUUCAUCUGAUUUCCGCUAUCUUUGGUCCACAAAUUUGGAUGAUGGAGAUACCAUUCUUAGAUGGUUUUAUGUUUAAGUAUUUAUUAGGAGUUAUGACAGUCGUGUGUGCACUGGCAAAUUUGUAUUCCAUAUUUUCGGUGAUUUUCACCGGAGGAGUGGGCAAGAAUGGUUCCACUGUGGCUAUCCCCGUACUCGGUACGUUCAGUAACUACAUAGCAAUGGUCUUUUAUGCAGGCUACCUUCACGUGUUCCUUGAAUUCUGUAAAGUCUUUGAAUCUGGUGGGAUUGGAAAAAACGGUUCCACAAUUGCAUUGCCAUACACUGGCACAGAGGUGAAGGUGUUUCCAUUAUGGGCUGCUGUGGGCAUCGCUAUUUUACUUGCACAGAGCAGCAUAUCCGUCAUUCUCGCCGGUGGUGUCGGAAAAAAUGGCUCCACCGUCGCAGGGACGUCCGUUUUAUCGCCAAUUAUACCAUUUAGCUUUGUGGUGGUACCGGCUUUUAUAAUAUAUAGAAAAAGCGCUGAACACGUCUACGAAAACCACCCAGCCCUGUAUAUACUUUCGUUUGGAAUAGUGGCGGCGAAAGUUACGAAUAGAUUAGUGGUUGCUCAUAUGACUAAGAAUGAGAUGCAAUACUUGGACAGUUCGUUAAUCGGUCCAGCUAUGCUGUUUCUCAAUCAAUAUUUCAACUUUUUUAUCAAAGAAUACUACGUUCUCUGGCUGUGUUUCAUCUGGGUCACUCUGGAUAUCUUCCGAUAUAGUGCUCAAGUAUGUCUUGAAAUAUGCGAUCACAUGAAGAUCAAGCUUUUUAGGAUACCAUGCAACCAUACGGGCACUAUCCAGGUCAACGCCGCCGAGAAAAAUGUUCACAUGACGGUGGAGGAAGAGCCGCUGUUAGACGAGGAAUACCAUCACGGAUCCGACACGGCCGUCGACCUCUGAUAUAGCCUUAAGCUAUUGCUUACUGAAUCGGCCACACGCGACUACGAUUUGAAACAAUCGCGAUAGGCAUCGUAGGAUUGCGGAAUAAAUAAGGUUCGCGCUGGAUCUCGCGGGAUAUCCGAUAUUGCUGGGCAACGAGGCCACGCGAGAUCGCACGGCAGCAACGAUUGCACGAGGAAUGACUUGUGUGUCUCACACCCCUGCAUGGUGUUUACCUCCGUAUAUGUGCUGGCGCGUAGAGAAGAGAUCUGUUUCCCUUUUACAUCGCAAUAUUUUGUACAUGUUGUUUCGAUACACACUUUUAUAUUAAAUACUCGAUGGAAAUAGUACAAAAAGCGAGCAUUUUGGCGAUGCGGUGAACCGAUGCGAUUGUACCGACCUACGAGCGAAAUCGCUUUUUUUUCCUUGUUAUGUGUGCGCUUAUCAGAUCGGCUACUUAAAUGGAUGUAUAGGAGAACGAGAGAUGGGUCUGUAUGUAUAUAUUCCGCAAUAUUACGGGUGUAAUACAGUUUUCGCGCAAUGUGCAUUAAUCAACGAACUUGAAGAUACUUAUACGUAACUUAUACGUAGGAGAGCCGGAAUCAACGAAAUUUUGUCACGCUAGUAUCUCGUCAAAGGGGAUCCCGAGAAUCCCCUCUGACGAUGCUGAUGAGAUGUAUUCAGAAAUGUGGAAAUUAUUGAAGCUAGCACUUUGAUUAGACGUAGAAGCGAUAUUUUGACUUGCUAAUUUUUGACUGCGAUCGUUCGUGAUGCAGGAGCGAGUUUCUUGCGUGAGCAACAUCGGCUGAAAGCUGUUGGCAUUUAUUUUAUACAGUAACAAUAAUGUAAGCCACGUAAGGAGAAGCAUCUUCGAAAGCCUGCAGGAAAUCGUUAAAUAUAUGUAUAAGCUAACUAGACGAACGAACACUACAGCAUUAUACGAAUGUUAAUCGUAGUUUUUACAUCUUGGUGUGUCGAUUAUUUGCACGAAAGUCUUUCUUUGCUCACAAAGAUUAAAUCUAUCGCAUUAACGUUAGAUUCAUUAAGUUUCCACGAACACGCUGAAGAUUUCACGUACAGCACAAAGUAGCAAAAACAUUGCAGCAAUUUUGCAAUGUUUUUUCUAUGCUAUGCUGUAUGGUUUAUUAUCUUUCACAUCUCGAUAAUUUGGUAAUCUCUCUAAUCUGUGGUGUUCGCACAGCGUAAGGUAAUUGUUACAGGUCCUAAUAAGACACUCCUAUCUCAACGAAUUCGCGUAAUUUAUUAAUUAUAAAAUUCAUAUGAUAUUUAAUAAAAUUUAUACAAGCGCGACGAGUUUCCUCCUUCUCCCAGUUCGUUCAAGAUCAGCGGUUAU